CUCAACUCAACUCAACUGGACAAUACCCAAUGAAACCUAAAAAUGCUUAAUUUCACCCUAAACCUACCAUUUCUCAAGCGGACCCAAAUAUUUUGCUUAAAUUGGUAGAUCUAAACGUUGAAGAAGAAGCAAUGGUUGAUUCAACUCUAGCAUUCAUUACCAUUGCUGUCACUUUCAUACUCUCCGAUCACGAUUCACAAAAGAUCGAUCAAUUCAACGCUUUCAAUGCUCUAAGAAAUUGAAUCAGAUGUUGGUGAAGAUAUGUUUCCUGGCGAGGCGCUUCUAUGUCUGUGUGAAAAUACAUGUUGACGACGCAGCCAUUGGGAACAUCUUCGCUCUUCUAUCUGAAAAAAGGCGAAUCUGAGCCUUCUUUUGUCCCCCCCUUUUUAAGUUUGGUUUAAUUUUUGUUUGUUUCCCACCAAGUUGAUUUUAGUGAUGGAAGCAUUACAAACCUACUUUUUUAAUGCAAACCAUAAAAUUGUUUAUUAUUGCUUCAAAAAAAAUUGUUUAUUCUUACCAGUGAUGAAAAAAAAUGUUUGUAUUAAUAACAAUCUUUCGUUCCUGUCCAAUUAAGUACUCCUGCCACCCCCUUUUUCACCUAAACCACUGCCGCCUCAAAAUCCGAUCAUCAAAAACCACCUUUUCAACCAAUCAUCAUCAUCGUCGUCAUCAUCAUCCAAUGGUGUCUCUUCUGGUUGCAACAACAUCCGACCCAGCUUCAAUCAACCCAGCCAAUGCUCUUUUAUCCAUGCCAGGCUGGCAGCCUGGACCCCAUUUCCAGGAUGAUAUGAAGAGUUUUGUGAAUGAAGGGUUGAGAGUGUUGCUUCAUGGAAAGAGUAUAGUGGUUGAAGAUUAUUUGGAUACAAGAUGGGAAGAGGUUACUGGAGAAGUUGUUGAUGAAGUUAUCUUCUUGAGUAAACAUACUGCUGCUUCUAAUAAACCUGCUCUCACUGUUCACCCUAUUGGAGUUCCGCAUUUGCGGGAAGGUGAUGUUCCACCUCAAGGUGGGAAACCUGGAUGGGCAGCACUUCCUAAUCCUAGGAUUGGUCCUUGGAUUCGACUUCUGAAAAAAAUUGCCGAGGCUCAUAAUCUAGUCCCUGAAUUUGAGAUUACUCUGGAGGCCACUCAUCAUGGACCGUUGACAAAUAAACCAACCAUGUUUUUGGAGAUUGGUAGCACUGAAGACUAUUGGAAGAGACAAGAUGCUGCACAAGUUAUGGCUCAGUUAGUUUGGGAAGGACUUGGACUUGGGGGAGGCACUGAUGUGGGAAACUGGAGCAGGGAGAAUAAUAAGAAAAAAGUCCUUCUUGGGAUAGGUGGUGGACAUUAUGUGCCUCGUCAUAUGGAUGUAGUAUUGAAAGAUGAUGUUUGGGUUGGUCACCUACUUUCUGGAUAUUCCGUGCCAAUGGAAGAUCCAAAAGGAGAAACAAAUGCGGAGAUUGGAGGAACUUGGAAACAGUCUAUAAAAGCCGCAUAUGAGGCCACUAAAUCUGCUUUUCCUGGUGGUGAAAUUAUUGCACAUCUUGACCAAAAGAGUUUCAAGAGCUGGCAGAAGAAUGCCAUCACAGGAUUCCUCGCGGCGCAGAAUAUUAAAAUUGGAAAAGCAAAUAACUUCUAUUGAGUAUUGAUAAGAGGAUGUUAUUGUGAACACAGAGAGUCAUGAUUGCAGACAAAGUCAGGCUGAACCUUCUUGUAGACCAGACUAGCAAUAAAAGUGAUUUUGAUAUGAAGUAACUUCAAGAUUAUUUUUUAGAGAUUUUUAAGAAAAGUCAGUUUGUGUUGGUUUAAAUUUAGAAAAAGUGAUUUUGUAUUUCUCUUGAUUAGAAAUAAUUUUCAGGCGCCGUAGAAGGUUAGCGUGUAAGUUAAGUUCCUAUGUAUUUAUUUGGAGAAUUGUGCUCUAGAUUGAUAAGAAAUGUAUGAAAGAUUAACAUUUAACAUGAAUUUAUUUACCUUGG